UCCUUUCCGUGUACAUUUUGCUCUCUGAGGGUUUUUCCAGAGGUUGCUCCGUUAAUCCUGUAUGUAAAUUGCAGCCAAUAGAUGCUGUUGUUGAGUUGGGCUGGGAUUAGCAGGAGGCGAAUGAGUUUCAAUUUUACUGGAUUACAGAACAAAGAAAGGGGAAAGGGACACCCUGCUCUGUUAAGGGGAAAAAACAGACAUAAAACUAAGAAAAAAAAAUACACAAAUAGCAGACAACGGGACGUGAGCUCGAAGUCGUCGUUGUGAUGAUCCGGAUUACGAUGUUUUAGCAGAUGGCACAGCUACAUUGUGGAUGGGAAUUGUGAGCGUUUCUGAUGGAUUAAAACGGGGGAAUAAACCUAUUCCGGGAUUGACAGCAGCAACAAGGCUAUUUAAUCGCUAAUUAAGAGGCAUGGCUCAGAUCAGGAAGCUGGCAUGCGACGGCAUCAGGACGAACUCCCGCGGCGAGCCACAGGUCCCGCUGGUGUCAGCCAGACAGGAGAUCCUCACCAGCCUGGUGUCUGCCCUCGACUCAGUGUGCAUGGCGAUGUCUAAACUAAACGCCGAGGUGGCGUGCGUCACCGUGCACGAGGACAGCGUGAUCGCCGUCGGCACAGAAAAGGGGAGAGUGUUCCUCAACUCCAGGAGGGAAAUCCAAACAGACUUCUACAAGUUUUGCCGGGUGCCAUGCCUGCAAAAUCUGACUGCAGCAAAUUCCCAUACCAAAGACCAGGAGAGCGAUCUCAGCAAACUGAGUAAGGAUGCUGAACAUGGGAAACCGAGAGCUCCAUCAGAUGCCCAGUCCAACAUCUUUGUUCUGAGGAAGAUGGUGGAGGAGGUCUUCACUGUGCUCUACAGUGAGGCUAUGGGAAAGAGCAGCCUGGUCCCUGUGCCUUAUGAGUGGAUCCAGAAGGACCCCGGCUGCGUGGUGGCUCAUGGUUUGCCUGAGGGAGUCGCCCUGAAGAAGCCCUCUGAGUAUGACACCAAGACACUGAUGAAGAUCCUGGAGCAGAGCCAUCGCAUCCACUUCACCGUGAAAAGGCAACCGGACGAUUUGUCUCGAGAAACCAAGUCUAGCACUGAUGUCAAUCACAACGCUUCCACUGCGGUCAUGACGCAAAGCAGCCACGGCCCAGCGAAGACGACCGCGCAAGCAGUCACGUCGUCAAGUCCCGCCACUUCCAGCAACUCUGUUCUGUCAAACUUCCUGUACGGCAUGCCCAUGUCCUCCAAACCCCACCCAGACGGCAAGCUGGAUUUCAAACCCAUGUCUCUCCUCAACCUGGGCAAGGACAGGCUGGCCAACUGGACACCUGGGUCAGAGAAGAGCACAUCUGUGAAAGACAGUGCUAACACUGAUGAGACCACAAGGCUACCUGGUGAGCAGGGUCAGAGCCCUACUGGCAUCCACAUCUCAAAGAGGCUACUCUUUUCCAUCGUGCAUGAAAAAUCAGAAAAAUGGGACGCGUUCAUUCGGGAAACAGAAGACAUCAACACGUUGAGAGAGUGUGUUCAGAUCUUGUUCAACAGCAGAUACGCUGAGGCAUUGGGUCUAGAUCACAUGGUGCCUGUCCCCUACCGCAAAAUAGCCUGCGAUCCAGGGGCCGUGGAGAUCAUCGGCAUCCCCGACCAGAUCCCCUUCAAGAGACCGUGCACAUACGGAGUCCCCAAGCUCAAACGCAUCCUGGAUGAGCGCCACGGAAUCCGCUUUAUAGUCAAACGAAUGUUUGAUGAGAGGAUCUUUACCGCUGCUGGCAAGAUUGCAAGGGAGGAGGGCAAGCACGACCUGGGCUCUACGCCCGAAGACAGCUUCCCUGACAAUCUGAGCAUCCCACCCACCACAGCCGAGCUGGUCAGCAAUCCUCACAGCAGCAGAUCAACCAGUGCUUGUGUGAGUCCCUUGGCUGAGUGCGAAGCAGGUCCUUCAGGAGAUUGCAUUCCUUUGAGGAGGAUUAAAACAGAGCCUCCAGACGGGGAAAUCAUUCAAGUUACGGUGCCAGAUGCCGGCACGAGUGGGGAGGAGCCCAGCGAGUCUGUGGCCGAGCCCGUCGCCGCCGCACCGUGUCCAGCCACAGCCUCGCCCUCUGCUCCAUCUGCCUCGUCUGCCCCGUCUGCCCCGUCUGCCCCGCCCCCCGCUCCUUCGGCUCCCCACCACUCAAUGGAAAACCACGCAGCUGAAGCUCUGUCACCCACCGCUGCCCCGCAGAGCAUAAGAAGAUCUUCUGAAGCAGGGAGCCUGGUGGAGGACAUCGGUGAAAUGAUUCUUCAGCUGCGGAGACAAGUGGAGAGCAUCUUCAGCAUUAAGUAUGCUGAAGCCCUGGGCCUUCCUGAACCAACCAAGGUGCCGUACUCCAAAUUCCAGAUGUACCCUGAGGAUCUGUAUGUAACCGGGCUGCCAGAGGGAAUCUCUCUCCGAAGACCCAACUGUUUCGGAGCAGCCAAACUACGCAAGAUCCUGGCUGCCAGCAGUCAGAUCCAGUUUGUUAUCAAAAGACCCGAGCUCUUAGCUGAGCAGGUAAAACAAGAGAUGCCUUCCAUCCCGAUCUGUGAUUCAGAGCUGGAUGCCAAGGAUGCAGCACCAGUAACGGAGGACACUGCGGCUGUAUCCAAGAGACCUGGAUUCUCAGAGUGCUUGGAGUCCAAGCUGUCCAGAAUCGACCUGGCCAACACGCUGCGAGAGCAGGUCCAAGAUCUCUUCAACAGGAAGUAUGGGGAGGCAUUGGGCAUCAAGUACCCCGUCCAAGUGCCUUACAAAAGGAUCAAGAACAACCCGGACUCGGUCAUCAUCGAGGGCCUUCCCCCCGGCAUCCCCUUCAGGAAGCCCUGCACCUUCGGCUCCCAGAACCUGGAGAGGAUCCUGGCUGUCGCUGACAAAAUCAGCUUCACCAUCACCAGACCAUUUCAAGGACUUAUUCCAAAACCAGCACCUCGACGAGUCACUUUACUAAAGAAGGCCUACGCUUCAAUAAAUGAUGAUGACGACAUUAACCGCAUGGGGGAGAAAGUAGUCCUUCGAGAGCAAGUCAAGGAACUCUUCAACAAGAAAUACGGUGAGGCUCUGGGCUUAGAUCGCUCCGUCGUGGUCCCGUACAAGCUAAUCCGCGGCAGUCCAGAGUCUAUAGAAGUUAGUGGCCUUCCAGACGAAAUCCCUUUCCGAAACCCAAACACCUACGACAUCGUGUGCCUGGAGAAAAUCCUUCAAGCCGCAGAUAAAAUAACAUUCAACAUCAAGAGCCAGCUACAACCUUUUGCAGAAAUCUGUAGCCAAGCUUGUAACACAGGAACAGACGCCUCCACUAAUCGACGGAAACGCAAGAGAGUCCAGGAGAGCAACCAAGUGCCUGCCUCCUCCGACCUGGGAAUAUCAAGCAAUCAGAUUCCAGUGAUGCAGUGGCCCAUGUACAUGGUGGACUACAGUGGAGUGAACGUGCAGGUUCCCGGGAAAGUCAAUUACUGAAGGAGGAACCAGGGCGGCAGCAAAGGGAUUCAAGGAGGAGUUUGUCAACACUCGCCACUCUUCCACAGUGCAACACUAACACUUUACCAGUGCUACAACUUAACGAUCUCUCCAGACUGAAUACAGAGAGCUGCAGGUUUGACUCUGAGAAUGAUGCUCGAGUGUUGAGGAACAACAGAAUGUAUGUGGGUCGAAACGUUGCAGGGCAGAUGUCGGCUCGACGGGACUGCUAUCAGCUGGUCGCGACAGUAAUGUUGUUGUUUUUUUUUACAAACUGCAAAUAUUACCGACGUCGUGUUAUUUGCCCUUGCAUUUUAUAAAAUGAGUCAUGCUGUUGUUUUCCAGCAUUUGGUUGCAAUGUAUUACUGACAGAAAAUGUCUUUCAUAAUGAUAUGGUUCCAUAUUAUUCAGAUAUUUGUACUUUUUAUUUAUUAUAUUUAUUAUUAAAAUAUAACAUUAUGUGCAGGGAUGUAAAAUAUAUUAUUCUGUUACACAGCUCUUCGAGGAACUAUCACAACACUAACAGAUGCUACUAGCACUCAGUAACUACAGGUAACCGCUGAAAACAUGAUUAAAAUGAAGUGUCUUAAUUGGGUGUUGGGGUGACGGCAAGAUUUUAGAAAUUAAAGGAGACAAAACGGACUCAGAGUCUGCCCCACGGAGCAGGGAAAACCUCUGCUCGCAUUGAAAACGAGACACUCGGUAAACAGCCUUUUUUAUGUUAGCACUACAUUAACGAUUUGUAAAAUAUUGUCAUAUUAAGUCAGCCUGAAUGUAUCAUGUAAAGAAAAGAAUGGUAUGUUAUUCUGCGGUGACUGUCUCUGGACUAACAAUAUUUAAUAUGCUGUACCUUAACGCCAAUUAGGCCUUUGAAAUAAAAUGUGUUGCCUUGCA